UUUAGCCUCUGAACAAAUAUUAAGCAAACCCGUAAAAUAGCAGUUGACCCGAACAAGUAACCGGUUACGAAACCCGGAUCCGAUCCUUCGGAGUUUCGUUUUAAUAAGACGGUAAACUGUCGCUGGGUUGGCUUUGGGUUUCAGCCUGCCCUCGUCUCGCAAGGGGAAGAAGAAGAAAGAACAUCAAAAAUCUUACUGCAUGAUGGAUUUGAAGUUUGGGCUCAAUAUCUCUCCAUUUGCAAAUUCAAAUGAUGCCUUUCCAUAUCAAUUUGUUCCAAUGCUGAAAGGGUUGUUAAGUUAACUAUUCAAGCUGAUUUAUUAAACAAUAAAUAUGAGGCGGCAGGGACAAUAUGCUGAUCCUGGUGCCAAUGCAUAUGGUGCUGCCCGAAUGCAGCAUAUGUCUGGUCAAAGGAUGGAACAGAAGUCUGGUCAUUUUCAAGGCCAGCUAGAGGCAUUCACUCCUGAGAGGGAGCAGCAGUUUCCACCAACAAAAACAGAGCGACAAUGGAGGUGGGAAAGAGAUGGGUCGAAAGUGCCCAAUCCAAUGGCAUCUCAAAUGUAUAAUGAAGGUCAAGGGGUUGAUGCAUCAGGAUCAUAUUUUCAGGGUCAGAGGCCAGAUCCUAAAUUAGCUUUGGAGAAACAAAACAAUAGUGAACCCAGAUCUCGACCUCAUGAAGAAGAUAUGGAUGUUGGCUAUGAAGGCAAGCCUUUAUCAAAUAGUUUUGAAGGGCUUGAGCGGAAAUUCAUUGAUGACAUAAAGAAACUAGCAAAGGAACAAAAUGAUGCUGAAGAUGCAGAAAAUGCUAGACAUAGAGAGAAAUUAAAUGCUAUCAAUGCUCAGCAUGCGGAACAGCUAGCUGCCCUUAGAGCCCGACAUGCAAGUCGUAGAGAUGAGUUCCUUCAGAAGGAAUCACAUGCACGACAACAGCAGUAUCAGCAAGCCAUGAUGGACCAUUAUCCAAACAGUGGCAUGGGUCCCGGUGAUCCUCAUGGUUACAGCAGUACUCCAGCUGCAGCUGCUGUUGGCGAAACAUACCGAGCCUACGACUCAGAUCAUUAUGACUCGUACAAAGAGCGGGCUCGUUUUCUAGGGGGUCCAAGGGAUCAUGGGUUUGAGCCCAGAGGUCCAUACCCUGGAGGCCGUGUUUAUGAUACUGGCUCACGCUACUAUUGAUUGAAAUGUUAGAUUAGCUUUGAUUUUCUACCUGCUCUCAGCAUCCAGGUAUCCACAUCACUACUUAGGCUGCUUUACUAACAAAUUAUGGCUGUAAUUUAUAUUUAAUCUCCUGCAGCUUUCUACUGCAUGUUUCUUGUUUGUAAUGCCUUUAUUAUUUAUGAAGUUCAACACCUUCUGAGAAAUUACAUAUUAGUUUUAGAAAUUUUGGAUUCAUAUUUUUUACUCCUGAGGAUGCAUUAUUGUACAUGUGACUUGUUAAUAAGAGUUUGUUAUUGCCAA